AUGGCGCUCUUUUCUCAAACUAGUCACCAGGGGUUUCAGGCUUUGCUUUGGAAAUGUCGUACAUUCUGGUCACCUUCAAGAUGCCAACAACUCUUUGCUGUCUCUUUCAGCAGCCCCAACAGGGAAAAGGUUAGUGGUUUCAGUUUUAUGACAUCUUCCGGCACUGCAUUGCCAGUGGAUCCCAAAGGAACUGAUGCCUUUCCUACCAAGAAAAAGUCUGAAAUUGAUAGUGAAGGUGAAAAAGGAUGGGAUGAGGAGACUAAAGAAAUAGCUGAAAGAAAACUCCACUUAUCUUCCUCUACUGGAUCUCCGAAGAAACAGUUAAUGUCUCGAGUUCUGCUCAGGCGUAGGUUUGCCAGUCUACAGCCUCCAGAAAAACCUUUGCAGGGUGAGGAAUGGAAAAGACUGAGGGAAAGCUUUCAUUCACCUGAAAUAUUUGAAGAAGUGAUGCUUAACAGUAUGAUCAAGUGCAACAGCCCCAUUGAUGUGGCCAAGUCCUUGCUGACCCAUGUGGCAAAGAGUAAUGGUGACAUUGCAUAUGUUUUAUUGGUCAAAUAUCUGGCAUUGUGUGUCCAGCGUGGGCAGACUUCAGAAAUCUGCGAUGUGUAUGAUAUCAUGAAAAUCAGAUUUAAGAUUUUAGACAGCGGGGCUUACAACCUUAUUAUUAGGGGGCUGAGUAAUUCAGAUCAAUGGAGAAUGGCCUUGACUGUUUUGGAAGAAGUAAAGAAGAUCAUGAAUCCCUCACGGACAAACUAUGAAUCCUGUAUCAGAGCAGCCAGCCGGCACCAAGAAAUGAACCUCGCAUUUGAACUUUACCGUGAAAUGCUGGCUAAGGAUUUGGUCCCAACCUUGGAUGUCCUGCAGGCCCUUUUUGACUUCAGCAGGGGUAUGAAAGGUGCUGAGUUACAAAAAGACCUGUUUGAUAUCCUCUUAUAUUUGAGAGAGAACCAAAUAUAUCCUCACAAAACAUUUAUGCGGAGUAUAAAGCUAUGGUUUGAAAGUAUACCAGGAGGGAACUGGAGAGGACACCUGACCAACAUUAAAACCAGUGGACAGUGCCCAGUAUGCAACCAUCAGUUGGAGGAUAGUGACCUCACUGAAGAGGAGUAUAAUAAUCUCAGAGAAAGAAUAACAAAAGAUGUGAUACAUGGAACUGACACCUUUAGAAAGACAAGCCCACAGGAAUUUGAAGCCUUUCAGACAUUUGUGGAAAAUCGACUUCCGUUUGAUAUUGUUAUCGAUGGACUCAAUGUUUCCCACAUAAAACCCAGAAAGACGCAGUGUGAAAAUCUAUUUGAUGCUGUCAAUUGCCUGGCAAAAAAGAACGCUCGGUUGCUUGUGCUGGGCCGCAAACACAUGCUGAUUAACUCUUCAAAUUGGAAAAGAGAGAUUAUGAAGGAGAUGCAGAAUAAGGCAGAGUUCUUCUUUGCUGAAAAUAUCUCUGAAGAUGAUGCGUUCUUGCUAUACGCCACUCUUCAAUCAGGCAAGCAUUGCAAGUUUGUUACUAGAGACUUCCUCCGAGAUCACAAGGCUUGUCUUUCUGACAGCGUGACGCGUCAUCUGUUCCGUAAGUGGCAGCGUGGACAUCAGAUAGUGUUUUCCACCUCUUCAAAAGGAGAGCCUAUACAUUUUUUGCCUGCUUUCCGUUAUGACGUUGUGGUACAGACUACAGGUGAUACAUGGCAUAUCCCCUACAAAGACACUUUUGAGGAAAAACACGCAUAUCAAAUACCAAGAAAAUGGCUCUGCAUUCAACAGAAAUGGUGA